GCAGCUUGCGUUCUAGCCCGGCGGCCCCACCGUCUUUGACUUCAUUCAGUCUGAACCUGACUUCUAGUUCUACGUAUUCAAGCUCGUCAAGCAUGUUUCCGAGCAGCGCGCCAAGUCGCAGUUUUUCAACGAGCUUCGUGACGCUUGUUCCUAUUGCCAAUGUGUCUUCGUCGUCGGUGAUGCUCAACUCAAGCACAAGCACUACGACGUCGACAUCAACUAUUACGGCGCCAAGCACAGUCGCGCAGCCAGACCUACCUGGGCCUUCGUCGUGCGGCGAGUCUGGCAACUUUACGAUUGGCUUCGACGACACGGUGGUGGACGAACAGAGUACCGGGCUGCUCGUGGCCAGCGGCAUGAAUAAUCCCUACCACCACCUCUUCUACGCCAAUGGAUACACGUAUGUGCCCGACAAGUGGGAGCCAUACCCGGCGAUUUCGCAGCCCAACGUAGCCAUGUUCAUGCCGCUGGGCGGGCGACUGCUUCCCAACACGCCGUUUGCAGGGACGAUGCUGCCUGGGGAGCUGGGGGCUGGACCACGUGCCCCCGUCAACGCAUACUGGUUCAACGCGUACUCUGGCUACUUUGGGUGUGCGCUCAACGGCCUCACGCCGUGCACACUGCGCAUCUCGGGGUUCCGCUGGGACAAUGUGGUCGGGCAGGAAGUGGUUGUGGCGGAGCAGAAGGUGACAAUUCCAGCGUGUUUUGGCUAUGUGGGGUGUCGGCUCACGCAGGUCGUGUUCGACGAGGGGUUCCGGGCGCUGUCGGGCAUCCAGUUCAAGGCGUAUACGUACAAUUUGAAUAUUCCACAGGUGCACAUGAUGGACGAUUUGCAGAUGGAGUGGUACAACAACACGUGCUCGGCGGGGAUUCUGCGCAUUGGGCACAGCUAGGGAGAGA